GGCGGUUGCGGAGUCGAUGUCGGACGUAGGGCGGUCGCGACAGACGGUGAGGGCAGAGGGUAGUCAUGCCGACCAACGCAGUACGACGUUGCUCAGCUCAGUCUGCGGGGGCUCGACGCGCUGUGCUCGUCUUGGGUUGCGCGCUCGGGCCUCGCGUCGCUCGCGGAUGGCGGAGUCGGGGGUGGAGGGAGCACGCUCUUCGAGACGACGGGUGUCAGUAGGCCGUUGGAGAGCGAGGGAGGUAUGUACAAGAGGGAAAGCAAGGGCACAGGAGGUGAUGUAAGCAUGGUGACGCACGCCGUCGAGUCGUCCGCACGCUGCAAGUACAUGAGAGGGAGCUGCAGCAUCUGAGAUGGCCACCCGGAGCGUACGCAGGUGCCCGAGUCUCGAUAUGCGGACUGGUUCUGCUGUGCGCCAGUCCGACGUGCUCGACAUCCGACUCACCCGCAGACGGUGUCGACGCGUCCCACGGUCGUCAUCGUCUCCAAACCCACAACGGAUCUACCCAUCCCAGACGAGCGGGACACGCCCUGUCCAGCCUGCCUCCCGUCUCGCCCCGCAAGCCCCUUCAGUACCCAGCGCGAGCGCAACCAGCAGUCACGGAGACAGGGCCAUCGUCCCGCCCUGCUCCAGCUACCACACUCCCGUCUAUAUGCGCACCGUUCCUGUCCUCCUAGACUUCUGCGCAGCGGGGCGUACGCACCCGCGUAACUGCGGUUCGCACGACUGUACAGCGAUUGCUCGACGCGGGGACGACGCAAACGUGCAACCUGUUUCGGAUCGAGACCAAACCGUCCGCGUCACGAAGCCGUACGUUCCAGCGAGCACCGUGACACAUGCUCGCAGACAACUCGCACAACGUCCCACAUGCCCGACCGGUGUCCUACCAGUACAGCAUCGCGCCCCUCACGUUCCCGCACAACACGGAUCGUCGAGCGAACCGCAGGCAACCACCACCAGCAUCUCUCCCCGCCGUCUUUCACGUCCGCCUGGAUGCGCACGAGGGGCCGAGUCGCCAAACUAUAGCGACAAACGAGUCAGCGCGCAGCAGCACCGGAGAGGGAACGCGGAUUCGCACCUCCCAGGUUGGCUGCUGCGCAACGAGGGAUGUUCGCGCUCCCGUGUGAUGGGAAGAGACCUGUGAGUCAGGUGAGCGUCGACGAGUCUUCCGCCUCAGUCGACCUCGACCGCCGACACCCGGAUGUUAUGAUCAACGCCAGCUUGGGUCCGGCCGCAUCGAACAUGGCUGAUACUCAGCCGUGGACCAAAUCCCGGUUACCCAGCUGAACCUGGACGCAGCAACAGGCAACGAACCCUGCGUAAUGGCGACGCUCACCUACAUCUGAGGUACA